CUAUGUCAGUUUUAAUAGUUGAUAAAGACAGUUGGAAAAGGGAAGUAGCUUAUUUCAUAAGAGGAAGUAAAGAACCGUUUUGUACAGUUUUCUCUAACCCUAACCCUCUACAGCUAUCUGUCUCUCUGUCAGAUAGGAUCUGUGUGACUCAGAGAAGGCUGUUCGUGACUGGUGGAUCAGGGUGUGUUGUAGUUAGUGACUGGGUGUAGUUGACGUGGAGGGGAUUCCCACUCUGUGUUCUGCUCUCACCUGGACUGAAGCUCAAAGUGCUACACCUGAAUGAAGUGACAGCAACAGACGAGAGGACCUGUCAGUUGUUCUACAGUUGUUUCACACCAAUCUGCUGACGUCAUCCUCUGGGCUCUGAACUGACCUCUCACCUCACCUCUACCUGCACCUCAUCAGACUGACUCACCUGGAGAGGCAACCUACCUGGUGGAACUAGAGUUCCUCUCCUGUCCUGAUGUGGGAGAUGCAGCUUUGGGUACAGAAUUAAUGUGCGUGACAGUUUAUGAGUGUGUGUGUGUGUUUGAGUGUAUAAGAGUAUGAAUCUGAACGUCUCUGAUCUGGGGGAGGAGCUUCCUGUUAACUCCUCCAUGCGGUGUCCCUACGAUGUGAUUGGUUGGGAGCCACAAAAAGUACAGCAGCUGUACUUCUGGUUCUACCUGCUGCUCUUCAUCCCUGGUCUCUGCCUCAACACCACGGCUCUCUGGGUGCUAUGUACACACAUCAGUAAGAAGACCAAGGCAGUGAUCUUCAUGGUGAACCUGGCUCUAGCUGACCUGCUUCAUGUCAUGUCUUUGCCUCUGAGGAUCCACUACUACCUGACACACACCUGGCCCUUUGGACACACACUGUGUCUGUUCUGUUUCUACCUCAAAUACCUCAACAUGUACGCUUCCAUCAGCUUCCUGGUGUGUAUCAGUGUCCAGAGGUGUGUGUUUUUGCUACGGCCCUUCUAUGCCCGGCGGUGGAGACGACGUUAUGACCUGUUGAUCAGCGCCACCGUGUGGCUGGUGGUGGGAAUAGGUUCUUCUCCUUUUAUUAUCAUGAGGAUCAGCAACAGCUCUAACCCCAGCCAAUACACCCCUAGCCCCAGUACCAGUCUUAUACACAGCUCUAACCCCAGCCAAUACACCCCUAGCCCCAGUACCAGUCUUAUACACAGCUCUAACCCCAGCCAAUACAGUCCUAUUCCAUACUCCACACCCUCCACCUUACCUUACACAAGACCCAUCGACGGCUGUUUUAAGGACCUGCCCACCAGGAAACUGCCCCUUCCCCUGGUGGCAGCCAUGAUGGUGCUUGCGGAGCUGUUUGGGUUUGUGUUACCGCUCAGUGCCAUCAGUUACUGCUCUCUCCGGAUCGCUCACUCACUGAGACAGAGACAGGACAGCCGCUGCCCCUCGACCAGCCAGGCCCAACCCUCAGCCCUGACAGACAGAGAGCACCACCACAACCACGCCUGCCCCUCGACCAGCCAGGCCCAACCCUCAGCCCUGACAGACAGAGAGCACCACCACAACCACGCCUGCCCCUCGACCAGCCAGGCACAACCCUCAGCCCAGACAGACAGAGAGCACCACCACAACCACCGCUGCCCCUCGACCAGCCAGGCACAACCCUCAGCCCUGAUGAACAGGCAGAUCGACAAAGAAAAGCGUCGUGCCCUGAGGAUGGUUAUGAGCUGCUCGGCUCUGUUCCUGUUCUGUUUCGCUCCGUACCACGUCAAUUUCCUGUUGUACGUGAUGGUGUCUCAGGAUAUAGUGUCCCACUGCCCCACGAUGCUGGUGGUGCGUCAUUUCCACCCCGUCUCUCUGUGUGUAGCCAGUCUUUCCUGCUGCCUGAACCCUUUGCUGUAUUACUUCCUCACUGCAGAGUUCAGACAGCACCUCUCCCAACGCACCUCCUCCCUCUCCUCCUCCAUUAGAGGCCGGCUCAUGAGCCUGGAAAGCACAUCCUCUUUUAGGGAGUAACAACUCCUGUAGGGAGCACUUUGUCUCCUCCUCCUCUCCUCAAUCAAUCAAAUGUAUUUAUAUACUCCUUCUUACAUCGGCUGAUAUCUCUAAGUGCUGUACAGAAACCCCCAGCCUAAAACCCCAAACAGCAAGCAAUGCAGGUGUAGAAGCACGGUGUCUGGGAAAAACUCCCUAGAAAGGCCAAAACCUAGGAAGAAACCUAGAGAGGAACCAGGCUAUGAGGGGUGGCCAGUCCUCUUCUGGCUGUGCCGGGUGGAGAUUAUAACAGAACUAUGCCAUGAUGUUCAAAUGUUCAUAAAUGACCAGCAGGGUCAAAUAAUAAUAAUCACAGUAGUUGUUGAGGGUGCAGCAAGUCAGCACCUCAGGAGUAAAUGUCAGUUGGCUUUUCAUAGCCGGUCAUUAAGAGUAUCUCUACCGCUCCUGCUGUCUCUAGAGAGUUGAAAACAGCAGGUCUGGGACAAGGUAGCACGUCCGGUGAACAGGUCAGGGUUCCAUAGCCGCAGGCAGAACAGUUGAAACUGGAGCAGCAGCAUGGCCAGGUGGACUGGGGACAGCAAGGAGUCAUCAUGCCCGGUAGUCCUGAGGCAUGGUCCCAGGCCUCAGUUCCUUUGGGAGGGGAGGGAGAGAGAAUUAGAGAGAGCAUUCUUAAAUUCACACAGGACACCGGAUAAGACAGGAGAAAUACUCUAGAUAUAACAGACUGACCCUAGCCCCCCGACACAAACUAUUGCAGCAUAAAUACUGGAGGCUGAGAGAGGAGGGGUCCGGAGACACUGUGGCCCCAUCUGACGAUACCCCCGGACAGGGCCAAACAGGCAGGACAUAACUCCACCCACUUUGACAAAGCACAGCCCCCACACCACUAGAGGGAUAUCAACAGACCACUAACUUAUUACCCUGAGACAAGGCUGAGUAUAGCCCAUAAGGAUCUCCCUCAUAGCAUGAGUCCGAGGGGGAGGGGGUGCCAACCCAGACAGGAAGAUCACGUCAGUGACUCAACCCACUCAAGUGACGCACCCCUUCUACGGACGGCAUGGAAGAGCACCAGUAAGCCAGUGACUCAGCCCCUGUAAUAGGGUUAGAGGCAGAGAAUCCCAGUGGAGAGAGGGGAACCAGCCAGGCAGAGACAGCAAGGGCGGUUCGUUGCUCCAGAGCCUUUCCGUUCACCUUCACACUCCUGGGGCCAGACUGCAUUCAAUCAUAGGACCUACUGAAGAGAUGAGUCUUCAAUAAAGACUUAAAAGUUGAGACCGAGUCUGUGUCUCUCACAUGGAUAGGCAGACCAUUCCAUAAAAAUUGAGCCCUAUAGGAGAAAGCCCUGCCUCCAGCUGUUUGCUUAGAAAUUCUAGGGACAACUAGGAGGCCUGCAUCUUGUGACCGUAGCGUACGUGUAGGUAUGUACGGCAGGACCAAAUCAGACAUAAGUAGGAGCAAGUCCAUGUAAUGCUUUGUAGGUUAGCAGUAAAACCUUGAAAUCAGCCCUUGCCUUAACAUGAAGCCAGUGCAGGGAAGCUAGCACUGGAGUAAAAUGAUCCUAUUUCUUGGUUCUAGUCAGGAUUCUAGCAGCCGUAUUUAGCACUAACUGAAGUUUAUUUAGUGCUUUAUCCAGGAAGCCUCUCUCCUUUCUCUUUCCUCCUCCUCUCGUCUCUCUCUCCUCCUCCUCCUGUCCUCUCUCUCUCCUCAUCUCCCCUCUCUCUCUCUUUCUCUCUCCUCCUGUCUCCUCUCUCUCCUCCUCUCUCUCUCCUUCUCUUUCUUCUCCUCCCCUCCUCUCUCUCUCCUCCUCCUCCCCUCUCUCGUCCUCUCUCUCUCUCUCUCUCUCUCUCUCUCUCUCUCCUCCUCCUCCUGUCCUCUCUCCUCUCUCUCUCACCUCCUGUCUAUCUCCUUCUCUUUCUUCUCCUCCCCCCUCUCUCCUCCUUUCUCUCUCCUCCUCCUCCCCUCUCUCGUCCUCUCUCUCUCUCUCUCUCUCCUCCUCCUUUUACUCCUCUUCUCCUCCUGUCUCCUCUCUCCCCUCCUCUCUCUCUCCUCUUCCUCCUCCUAUCCUCUCUCCUCCUCCUCUCCUUUCCUCUCUCCUCCUCAUCCUUCUACUCCUUUCCUCUCUUCCUCUCCUUUCUCUCCUCUCCACUCAUCAUCCUUUCCUCCUCUGUCCUCUCCUUUCCUCCUCUCUCCCCCUCUCCUCUCCCCUCUCCUCUCUUCUCCGCUCUCAUCUCUCCCCUCUCCUCCUUUUACUCAUCUCCUAUUUUCCUGUCUCGUCCUCUCCUCUUCCUCCUCCUUUCCUCUUCCUCUUCCAUUUCCUCCUCAUCUCCUCCGUAGACAGAUAAAGACUGUUACACAACAGAACACCCCCCCACACUCUGGAGGGACAGAGAGACACUGAACUCUGACCUUGAAAAAGUGAUAUGUAACCAGCUAUGUUAAUGUAAGAUAAACUGCUGUUGUUUGAAGGGGACUCUUAUAAGCUAAAUGUGCUAAACCAGUAAGAAGCAGAGAAAGCCAUUGUACGCAUCAGCUGCUGUUUAACCAUGUUGUAAUUGAUGUAAAUAAAAAUCAGCUUGUUGCUAUAUCA